UUGACGUGCCUGGGAAUGUUUCUGUACCGGCUUCUGUGCCUGCUUCUGCACCUGCUUCUGUGCCUGCUCCUGUGCCGGUGAGAGGGGAGGGCGAAGAGGUAGGGGAUGCUGCUGCUGCUGCUACUACUGGCGAUAUGGAACGAAUUGCCCAUCGAUGCCGUGAUCUGUUCAAGAAGGUGAUGGUGUUUGCAGAGGCGCGAGCGAGCCGGCCCGGGUUCGUCCAGGACGUGACCAUGGCGGAGCCCGUCAAGGAGUAUCUGGGGACUGUCAGCGGGGACGAAUCUCGCGUUGUGUGUCUGUUGGGCAAGCCGACGACCCGGGCCGUGCUCCUCGCGAAGGCCGUCAAUUACUUUCUUGUUGGGGAGGUUUUGAAGAUCACCGCUGCUGGCGGGUUCGAGGAUGAAGUUGAUGCCUGUAUUGGGAUUGGCACCGCAACCGCCCGCACAGCAUCCGUCAUCCAGACAGCCACGAAGAGGCCCGAAUUCGCCGACUUCAGCCAGCAAAAGGCCCGCGCCCACCUCUUGAAGCUAUGGGGACUCAUCGUACCGCUCACCAACGACCAGAGAGCCGGCUACGGUCAGACUUGGACUGAGCUUGCUGCCAUCGUGUCCGAUGCCCAGACCCUUGCUGUCGACAUAUUCUCGCUGCCCUUGGGAUAUCGCAUGGACUUUCCGCAGAUCAAUGACCCUUUCGACCCCGUGACCAUGGUCAAUCGCGACUCGUUCAUCAAGGGGGAUCCCCAGGCGUUGAAGAAUAAUGGGAACCGGGUCGGAUUGGCUAUUACCCCGGCUAUCCGUAUCCGUGAGCUUCCUGGGGAAGAGAGUUGCUUGGUGUAUUUGGCUGAGGUGCUGUUGCUGCCGUCGCCAUCUGGCCGUUAGGAUAAGACUUCCUGCCUGUUAAUAUCAAGUGCUGGAGGGAAGGUGGUUGGUGGUGUUUACACUGGUGGCGGUUGAUUCUGGUGAUGCUGGGGUUGAUUCUACGGGGG